AUGAAAAACAUCGACGCCGACAACAUCUCGAACGCGAGAAUCAUGAACAAGGGAACACCGAGAAACAUCAUGACGCAGCUGGACAUGACCUCGGACGAGUACAACCUGCUGAACGUGCUCUACUAUGUUCCUUAUAUCGUUCUCGAAGCACCUUCGAACCUCUUGUUGAAGCGGCUGAGGCCAAGCGCAUGGCAGUCGAGGAUCAUGAUCUCCUGGGGCAUUGCGCUGCUCUGCCACGUUCCCGUGACCAACAAGGGCGGGAUCUACGCCACCCGUUUUCUUCUUGGAGCAUUUGAAGCGGGAAUGUUUCCAGGCGUCAUAUUGCAGAUGACAUACUGGUACAGACCCGAUGAGAUGUCUAUACGCCUCCUUUACUUCUAUGUGCUCGGAAACCUGUCUGGAAUAUUCAGUGGCAUUCUCGCCUUUUCGUUCGACACUGUAUCAGGGACUGCUGGCCUGUCGGGAUGGCAGUGGCUCUUCCUAGUCGAGGGCAUUCUCACUCUUAUUCUCGGAGCGACAGUCUAUUUCCUGCUUCCUGACUUCCCUCCCACAGCCCAAUGGUUGUCGGACAAAGAAAAGGCGUUCAUCCAAGCUCGUCUUCCGUCCAACGCGCCCAGAGCCGAAGAGGUGAACUUCAACCUCUCCGAAAUAGUCGACUCUCUCAAGGACCGCCGGCUCUGGCUCUUCACUCUGAUUUGGGCCACGUUCACCGUCGGAACUUCAGGUGUCCGAUUCUACCAGCCCACGGUUAUCGCCAACCUCGGUUUCACCACGAUCGCGAGGGCCCAACUCCUCAACCUGCCCAUCUCUCUGCUGUCCAUCUUCGUCAUCGGAGCGACGGGCUUCUUCGCCGACAAGGGCCUCAUACCGCGGCCCCUGUACCCCCUCGGCGUCUUUGCCGUCAUCCUGGCCUGCUACGGGGUAUUGGUGGCGUAUCCCUCCAAUGGGGCUGUCUACACCGCCACGCUCAUCGGGAAUGCUUUCACAGCGGCCUUCUUCCCACUCAUGUGGCCCUGGCGGGUCCAGACGACGUCGCGGGCCACCGGCUCGGCGUUCAGCAUCGGCUUCGUCAACAGUUACGGACAGAUCGGCGGCGCCCUCGGACCACAGAUCUUCCGAUCCAAGUACGCCCCGCGUUACCGGACCAGUUUCGCGGUGGCGAUGGCCUUGGUGGGGUGCUGCGCCAUCGUCACGCUCGUCACCUGGUGGGUUACGCGAAAGACGGAGGCGGACACGCGCCGGCUGAAGAGGGCGAGAGUGCACGCCGAGAGCCAAGGCCUGGCAGUACUGGACGAUGUUGUUGACCGAGAUUUGAACAAGAAGCGUGACGAUGAUGGGGAAAGUGCCUAG